AUUAAGUAUCCCGCGCGCUCUAUUUCCCGUCCUUCCUCGCCAUUGUCGGCCCCGAUUGAAUACCUAGCCACCAGGCCACACUCCCAUGAUCGGCCCCCUUCAGAUUUUUUGCAAAACCAUCACGUAAGUGACCAAAACCUCGCGAUACCAUCCUUAACAGAGGGAAGGCAACGAUAGAAUCGCCGCUGACUCCCGACCCUCUUCGGAUUUUGCCUAAAGCCAUCCCGUUGGUGUUCGAUCCCUCGCGAUACCGCUGCAUUCCUCGCUAACUGUGGGAAGGCAAUGUCGGGAUUCCCACUGGUUGUGCAACGAUGAUAUCGCCAUAGACGUGUGGAGAAAAUAAUGAAGCCGCAACUCUGGGAAUCUGGACGAGGGAGGGAGGGAGGGUGGCGGCAGUCGUACAGCAUGGGCUCUUCUAAGCGCACAAUUUCCCAGCAAGCAUUCGAGGCUAUGGUGGCUGAGAACAUGGAAGAUCUCGGUAUGGAUCCCGAUGAGGCCCUCCAAGAUGCCCUUCAAACUCUAACUCUCCAGGGCGUCGACCUCUCCGGGAUUAUUAAGUGUGUUCCUGGAGUAACUAGUGCAAAGGAUGACCCUGUCAUGCAAUUGCUGGACGGCAUUAGGAGCACGUUUUUGUCAAAAUUGGAAGACAGAAAGGGUGGUGUGCUUGACGAGACUGCGGAUCUAGAGGAGAUCGCUAGGAUGCUUGACAAGCUUUAUGAUCUGUGCAACGUAGAAGGCAACAAUGCUGCCAUUGUAACUAAGAACGGAGGGGUGGAACUUCUAACUUCAGUUUGUGGCUUUCUUUACGGUGGAUUGGAAAGGCCUCUGGUUUCGGCCUUGAGGGCUUUGAGCUCUAUUCUUCAGGAUGUUCAGAGCACUGACACAUUUGGUAAAAGUGGCGGCCCUAAAAUUGUUGUGGAUAUUCUUGAAGAAGGCUUCCAAAAUGCUAAAAUACUAGACAAUGGGUUUUCUGUCAUUGCUGCUGCUUCUAUUGGCAAUGAAGUCAUCAAGGAAUCAUUCAUGGAACUAAAAGUUGACGAGCUUUUUGUAAAGAUUUUUAGAGAACAGAAAAAUUGCUGCCCACAAAGCAUAUAUGAUGCCAUACGCAUCCUUUUAACUCCUGAUGAUAAGAGAGUCGUAGCUUCUCAAGUUUAUGGAUAUGCUAGAAGGUUUGCUAAAGUUGGAAUUGCAGAUGCUCUUGUUGAAGCACUUCGUGAUGGGCUGCGUUCUACUAGUUUUGUUUCAGCAUGCAUUACUCUGAAAGUUGUUGCUGUCAAUGAUGAAAUUUGCCGUUCAAUAGCUGGAAAUGGUGGCAUUGACAUUAUUCUUAGAUGUAUAGAUGACUGUGAUGAAGCUAGCUUUAAAUCGGUUGCUAGAGCCUGUUGUUCUUUGCUAUCUAAGUUGGCAGGGAGUGAUGAGAACAAGGGCGCUAUUGUACAGAGAGGUGGUCUUGAUAAACUAAUGAAUUUGUCCUUCAGAUUUUCAGAUGAGCCUUCUAUAUUGCUUGAGGUCAUGUCAAUUAUUACCGUGCUUUCAUUAAGAUCCCCGGCAAAUGCUGCACUAUCAGUAGAAGCUGGGGCUGGAGAUUUAGCAAUCCAAGCAAUGCAGAAGUUCCCCUCUGAGCAUCAAUUGCAGAGGCAAUCUUGCUUCAUGAUCCGCAAUCUGGUGGUUAGGAAUCCUGAAAACCGGAUUAUUCUUCUUAGCGCCGGCAUCGAAGAAGUGAUAAGGAAAGCAAAAGGAAGUCACCACACCAGGAAUGCUGCCAGCGCUGCACUGCGGGACUUGGGUUUGGAUGAUUACAAUGCAUAGAAUUCUACUAAAAUUAUAUUUAUUUUUUUGCAUCAAUAUUUCAUCGUAGUAUAAACUACUUGUGUACUAGUGCUCUUGUUUGAUUCUGCUUUUUAGGAAGUUUUGUCUACAAGGCAAACGCCUAGUGUAAUCUGUUAAUGGGGUGUUUGGUUGAGUUGAA